AUGAAACUUUUACAUGUACAGAAACUUGUAUUUUCUCAAACUCAUGUCUAUCAAAGACAACUCUUUGUGAGAAACUUUUCUACUAUAAACAAAAGAGAAAGCUUCAUGUCUUGGUUCCGAUCCAGAAAGAAGGAGGAAGCUAGAGUUAGAAAGACAAAAGAAAUUAUUCAAGAUAUUGAAUCUGGCAAAAGUAUUGAAGACACCACGAACGAAUCAUCAUCCUCUAAAAUACUGAAAUUAGAUCUGACACCUGAAAAUAUCAUCGGUAGAAGAAAAGAGGAAGAGAUAGAUUUAACGAAUGAUAUACCUUGGAACAACUGGCUUACCAAUCAGAAAGUUAAGACGCCUGAAGAUUUAGAUCAUGUCAUUAAUCUAUCGUGUAAGGAAAUUUUAGGCGAAAAUUUCAAUAUUAACGAUCCGUUCCCUGAUUUAAAUAUCAAAUUUAAGUUUGUGAAAAGAUUACAGGCUAAAUCCGGCUAUCCAAUCUCUGAUUAUGAAUUAACUAUCUUAAGAACUCCAAUGGAAUUUAAAGAUUAUUAUUUGGAGAAUAUCAUAUCUGGGAAAUUACUUCAAUUUAAUGAAAAAGAACCAAAUGCUAUAUACUUGACUCAAAAAAGUUUCACUCAACCAAAUAUUCGUGUUGUUGAAAGAAUUAGUUCAAAGGUUCAAAAAGAAAAAUUCAAUAGUAUUCUUCAAGAAGUCGAGAAUUUAAAGAAAAGAGAAGCAAGGGAUGAAAUUCAAAGAUUAAGAUCACAAGAAUAA